CCGGGGCCGGGGCCGGGGGCGGCCGCGCAGCAGGGCGGCCAGGCCGCGGCGGGAGGGGGCGCGCAGCCCUGCCGGGGCAGGGCCGGCGGGGAGGGGACCGCAGCCGCAGGGAGGCGGGAGUCACCCCCUACCCCGGGCCGCGGCGGCGGGCGGCGGGCUGGGUCCGGCCGGCCGGCGGUGGGCGCUGCCCCCCCGAGGCCUGUGAAAGAAAUGGUGUGGUCUGAAAGCGGGAUGAAAAUCAAGGCCGGUAGCCCCCAGGGCCGUGCUUUUCUGUGCGGUCGCUAGUCUGCUGUUAAAUGACAGCGUACGUCCUGUGAUCCGGGCCGCAGGGCACUGGAAAAUGGAUCCUUUCCUUUCCAAGGUUGUAGCACACCAGCUUUUUCCGUACUUUUUCUUCAGCUAAUACCACCUUGCUAUGAGAACAGAGUACUCCAUAGCCAUUGCCGCAACAUACCUGUGUGUACACAAAAUGUGUGUUACUAAACCUUUUUAAAAACCGAGGUGGAAGCUGAAGACUCUGGAACGCAACAGCAGGUGUGUAGGAGCUAGCAGAAGUUACUUGCUUUCAUCCUACUAGUACGAAGACGGCAGCUAUCACAAGACUAGUAAGGUAUUUUGUACCUGCACAAAAUAACAACGUGAAAGAAAUAGUUGUUUGAAAGCCAGGCUCUUUUUUUAGUCGGCAUCUGAGUGUCUUGAGGGGCCAGUAACAUAAUGUAUUUCUGCGUUUUUUUAACAGAAGAGGGGUGUUUGUGCCUGAAAAAUCAUGUUCAACUUCAAAAGCAUCCUGAAGAUACUACAGUUCCUGAAGUCACUACUUUUUUUAAUUUUUGAGAAUUUAAUCUUAUUCAUAGUUCCUUCAUGCAAAAAAACUUUUGCUGGGGAAAUAGUGCUUAUUACUGGCUCUGCAAAUGGGAUUGGAAGGCAUGUUGCCUUAAAUUUUGCUCCUUUGGGAGCAACCUUGGUUCUUUGGGACGUUGAUGAUGAAGGUAACAAAGAAACAAGCAGAUUAGCCCAAAAAAUUGGAGCUAAGAGAGUGUUUCCUUACCACUGUGACUGUACCAAUAAGGAGGAGGUCUAUGAACAGGCAGACAAGGUUAGAAAGGAAGUUGGGGAUGUUACUAUUCUAAUCAAUAAUGCUGGCAUACUGCUUGGGAAAAAGUUCUGUGACGUUCCAGAUGAAGAUUUUGAAAAGUCCUUAAAAGUCAACUUCUUCUCUCAAGUCUGGACUUGCAAGGCCUUUCUUCCAGCCAUGAUGACCUGUAACCGUGGACACCUGGUUAGCAUAGCCAGUGCAGCAGGAUUGUUGGGACUGUACAGAAUGUCAGAUUAUGCUGCAAGUAAGUGUGCAAUCAUUGGAAUGAUGGAAGCCAUAGCUUCGGAACUGUAUCAUGCAGGAAAACAAGGCAUUAAAACCACAAUCAUUUGCCCUUAUUUUACUAAUACUAAAUUAGCUAAAGGUUUUCAAUGCCAAAACCCACUACUUCUUCCUGUUUAUGAUGUAGAGGGUGCAGCCGGCAAGAUCAUGGAUGCAAUUCAAAAGGAAAAGUUUUAUCUAAUCAUGCCUCUGACUCUACACUUUCUUGCUUUCAAAAUUCUCAUUCCUAGAAAAAUGAUACUACUCUUCGAAUCUUGCUUUAAGAUCACCAACAGCUUGGAUAAAGCCUUUGGUCGGAAGGAAAAUGCUUGAAACCUUUCAGUCAAAAUAUUCUGAAGACCUCAAGUGCCAUCUAAUUGAAAAUUUUCAGUAAAAAUUAAUUCAGAAUCAUUCGUUGACAGAAGAUUUGCUUCUUGUAUGAUAUCUGACAUUGCUGAGCAUGCAAUUUAAUUCUUCAUAACUGUCUUUUAAUCACUGAUUUAUAGCCACAGCCUGCUCUCUCACUUUAUGAUGACAUGCUGCUUUUAUCUGAGCUCUCAAUAAAAGUCUGUAUGACCUGGCAGGGAUGUUUGACUUAAUUUCAUACUCUGAAUUCUCAAUUUCUAAGCAAAAUCUCAAAGCAUGGGAAAAACACACUACUGUUCAUGCAGAAAGAAAAAAAACACAAAGCAUUUAACAUAUUUCCCUUUCAGUGUCAAAACAGCACUGCAGUUCACACAAAGCCAAAAUGAAGAAAGGCACUGUGGAUGAUGUGCUCUGGCUGACGAGCUGCACAGGGAGCCUGUGUCCUGAAGAGGAGUGAACUGCAAUGAGCGCUGAUAAAGUGCAGUGCUGUGGUGCUUACCGUGCUUCUCAUUAGUCACAGUGCACUUUUCUAAACACAGUUCUACAGGGGAUAUGUGCCUUGGUUUUAGUCCAUGGCUAGAGGCUGAUACUGGAUCAUUUAUCAAAGGUUGUGGCUUAGAAAGAAUGUUUUGUAAAACUGUGGUGGUGGCAAAAAAGUAAUGUGCCUACUCAGAACGGAAAGGUGAUGAAGCCCCCACAACCAGAGGAAGCAGACAGGAAAAAAUCCGUUAUAGAAAUCACCCAUUUAUAAACAUAGGUUCUGCGGUGAGCAUCUGCUGUAGGCAGCUACAUGUUGAACACUGAUGAAGUCCACAGGCAUCUGACUCCCUUCUCUGACCCUGUCGGCUCCUAUGCAGCUUUGAAGUACCCUGCUGAGGCCAGAUAAUUGGGUUCAAGACGUUGUGUCCCAGGUUAGGUCCCUGAAGUCAGCAGCUGAAUCUGGACCUGCAAACUGGUCCACACAGUUCUAAAGGUUCAGUAACUUUAGUAAAAUUACUUAGAAAAUAAUUGACUUAAGAGUAUUGUGAGGAAUCUGUGCAAGAAAUCUUUGGCAAUUUUCAGAGUAAUUUCUGAAAAAUCAUUAAAAUUCAAAAUUACAUAGGUGUUAUGUUAAGUGACCGAGCAACAACUUCCCAUGGACUGUAUGGCUUUCAGAGACUGAAAUUUCAAUGAGGUGUCUGUUGAAACAUAACUCUGCUGUAAAUCAUGGGAAAAAGAGGACAGACAGGAGGAAUACCUCAUGUGUUCUUGGCCAGUUAUGAGCUAGCUCUUGGGCAAAAUCUCAUAUUUGGAGAGAAGUCACAGCCAUGUCCUUCAGCUGUCUUUGAAUGAAAUAACAACCUAAAGGUCUUAAAGGAAAAAACUCCCCAAGAGCAGAAGUUCAAAGAUUAGCUAAGCAAAAGUAUUGCCUGGUACUUAAAUGAUAAAAAUCAAUCCUCAUGCAAAUUUUCAGAAAAUGCUAACGUAAACCAUUCAUAAUUUGCUUAAUUUAAAAAUAAAUAAAUUGUAGACCAGAAUAAGGAAUCUACAAAGCAUGGUUUUUAAAACUCCACUGUAAGGAAUUCAAGAGAACCUUGAACGGUCAUCUAUUGCCCACAUUUGUCACCGUAUUUCUACUGCACUUAAUUAACCCCAUACUUACAAGCUCCCUUCCAGCUACAAAUGCCUAUUGAGUGCACAGUCCAACUAAGAACCUAUUUUUUCAAAUCUCAGUGUUUUCAAAGUAAACAUACAUUCAGUAAAUUUUUUCAUGUACCCUAUAGAUAUUACGGGGAAAAUUUUAGGUGAUAGAAGGAGAAACCUAUCUGAAGUUUGGCUCUUUAGAAAGCAAUGUUUAUUGAUUUAUACUCUGAAAAACUCUCUAGGUGAUCAGUAAUUGAAAUAUGUUUUUUCUCCUACUAAUGAGACAGGAACAAAGUCUAAAUUGUUUCCCUGCAAAUAACGAUCAUUUUCUCAACUGCAAGCAAAUAUAUUGAGUUUUGGGAUUUCCUUAUUCCACAUGAACAUUGCAAUUUGAUCUAUGAUUGGUUUUAAGAAUGGUUACAGGAGACUACAAACUGCCAUGACAUUAUAUUUGUGAAUGUAUUUAGGGCCUGAAUAUGCUUAAUACAUAAUUUCAUUGCUUGCAAUGCAGAGCUUAUGAACAGGGCUUCCAAGGUGAGAGUCCUAUAUUUCAAAAUUCUUUGUAAAAUGAGGCUCACAUUUGAAGUAGUUACCUUUUAGUCACAUUAGGAUUUGGUGGACUAGCCAUCAUUAAAAGUCCAGUAUGUCAGGAUUAAGUAUUUGUAUCCAAAGAGCGCAUUGUAAGGGCUCUCCUUUCAGUACCACUGUUUUCCACCCCCACCCCCCCCCACCCCCCGCAGUUUCUUUAACUAAAAUUUGUCAACCUUACCACCAACAUUUGAGGUUGCUAAGUUUACCAUCUAUAUACACAGGACAUGAAAACUUUAAUAAUAAUAUAAAGGAAAUAACGCUGUGUUUUCUAAGCCAUGUUUCACCUACUCUGCAUAGCCACCUUGCAAAGCCUUACUCUGUAUUGCUGCAAUCUCUGCCAGGGGUACUCUUUGGCUCCGUUUUUUCCCUGGCUAAUGUGCUUGUCUCAAGAAGGAAUUUGUAAAGCUUAUGCUUUCUAACUCUCAUAGUGAUCUGUUAGAUCUUCUUAUCAGCCUUAGAAAUCAGUAACUCACUCUUUUUUAUGAAAAUACCAGGAAAAGAUUUCAUUUUUUAUUUGUACAGAAAGAAGUGUGAUGGAUCCUGUAACAGAGUU